AUGGAAGAAGCACAGGAAAAAUUAGCAAGUCUUAUGAAAAAUGCUCAGAACAAGAAAAUUAACUUGAAGACAAUUAAAAGUUUUAAAAAGUUCGAAAAACAUUUCAAAUUAAACUUUAAAUGGAAAUUCUUGAUUGUGACAGCUGUAUUGGCUAUGAUUCAUGCCAAAUUUGGACAUUUAUUAAAUUCCAAAAAUUGCUCAAUAGCCAUACCGAAAGAUUUUGAUAAAAUAUUUCGGGAACCUGACGAUUGCAGCUUCUGUCGAGGCAUAAGAGCAGGUAAACGUGUAGCAAACAUAGACCCGGAUGAGUUUGAAAAGCUUUAUGCAUACAAUGGAAAUGUAAUGAUUGUAACUGAUGCUACAAAAAAUUGGACAGCACUUGAUGUAUUCGACUUUUGGUAUUUAAAGGAAGUGUAUGAGAAAUAUGAUCCAAAACGGAAAACACUUGACUGCCAGUUUUUCCGUUACAAGACAAAUUUUACAAGCUUAUUUGAGGCUUUAAACAUGGACAAAGAUCGAGCUGAUUACAAACCAGGAACUGAACCAUGGUAUUUCGGAUGGAGCAAUUGUAAUGAAGAUAUUGCUACAAUUUUGAGACAACAUUAUAGUCGACCAUACUUUUUGCCAAAAACAUCGGAACUAAAUGCUGUUGAUUGGAUUUUUAUGGGUGGUAGAGGGUAUGGAGCUCAUAUGCAUCUAGAUAAUGUAAGAUUGCCAUCAUGGCAAGCUCAACUGAAAGGAACUAAGGAAUGGCUAAUUGCACCGACACCUGAAUGCAUUUUUGAGUGUCAUUUCUUUUCAGUCAUUGUUAAUCCUGGUGACGUCAUUGUUCUCGACACCAACAAGUGGUAUCAUAAGACAAAUGUCUUAUCAGAGGAAAUAAGCAUUGUCAUUGGAGCUGAAUAUGAUUAA